AUGGCUGGAGGCCAUGGGGAGUGCACUCGUUGUCUCUCUCUGCUCGCUCAUUUGCCUCACGCUCCUGCCGCUCACAAGGGCAAGCUGCCCCGGGCGCUGGUGGAUGGCCUGGCAGCAUUUGGGGCUGGAGCGAUGCUGGGAGAUGCCUUCCUGCACCAGUUGCCACAUGCAUUUGGUGAGCCUCCAUUAUUGUACGGCGCGGAACUCACUCUCGAGGCACCACUUGCUGUUGUGCGCUGCACACACGCCGCCGCCGCCACCACCACCACACACCACCACCGCCGCCCCUGCCGCCGCCAACACCACCACCACCACCACCACCACCACCACCACCACCACCACCACCACCACCACCACCACCACCACCACCACCACCACCACCACCACCACCACCACCACCACCACCACCACCACCACACCACCACCACCACCACCACCACUGCCGCCGCCGCCGCCGCCGCCGCCACCGCCACCACCACCACCCCAUUAGCCUUGUUUUCACCCGUUUUUCCACCCUUUCCCCCGCUGCAGUGGGCAUCCCAUCAUCGCCCCCAGCAUCACAUCAACAUCUCCCUCUUCUGUCUUGCUACCUUUUCCUCCACUGCAGUGGGCAUCGUACUCUUCUUCCUGGUGGAGAAGAUCGUGAGGCGCGUGGAGGAACUCACCUCUAAAGGUGCUGCUGUGCCUUUUGCUGGGCAUGGUCAUAGUCAUAGCCACAGCCACCAACAUCAGCGUGAGGGCGAGAAAGAGGGGAAUUCAGGCGAGGAUGAGUGUGAGAAAGUGAGUGAGGGUGGAGGAGGGAGGAGGGACGGGAAAGAGGAGGGCGAUGGAGAAAGUGGUUUGAACGAUGGGAGAACUGGUGAGAAUGGGAAGAGUGGGGAUGAGGAAGGGAGUUCUAAGGACGGUUGGGAGAAUGUAGAUGAAGGAGAGGAGGAGGGUGAGGGAGGGGAGGAGGGUAAGAGAGGGGGGGAGAAGGAGAGUGAGAGUAAGGCAGAAACGAAGGGAGGGAAAGGGGAGGUGGAGGCUCGGAAGGAGGUGAAACAGGCGAAGGAAGAGAAGGAGAAGGAGGAGGAGGGAAGCACUGGUGGUGGGAGCGAGGGGUUGAGAAGACGGAAGGCCACUGCUGAUUCCCAGUCAGUGACAGCAGACAGGAGCAGAGAGGAGGCAAAAGAGGGGAAGGAGAAUGAGAAGGAGGGUGAUGAGGCAUCGGCACCGGACAAUGACGAUAAGAAGGCCCGGGCAGUGGCCAAGGCAGUGCCAGUGGCGGCAGCAGCAGCCAGCGGGUUAGCAGCAGCAGUGGGCCCUCCCGCAGCGAACAAGCACCUGGUGUUGGGAUACCUCAACCUAUUCUCUGAUGGCGUGCACAACUUCACGGACGGCAUGUCGCUGGGCUCAGCUUUCCUCCAUCGGGGAGCGCUGGGGGGCUACUCGCGCAUGCUCUUCAUGCUGGCGCACGAGAUCCCGCAGGAGAUUGGUGAUUUCGGCAUCUUGGUGCGAUCAGGCAUGGGAGUGACACAGGCACUGGCCCUCAAUUUCCUCUCUGCGCUCACUGCCCUGCUCGGCACUGCUGCGGCUCUCAUAUUUGGAGGGCAGGAGGCCCACUCAGGACUCAUAGAGGGCUUCACAGCAGGGGGGUUUAUCUACAUUGCUGUGGCGGGAGUUAUGCCUGAUAUGCAUGCACAGGGAGUUGACAUCCUCUCUACAGUCAUUCAGCUCGCCUCUCUUACAGCAGGAGUUGCUGUUGCUGUUGUGAUAUCCCUUCUUGAGUGA